AUGUGGUCCACACUAUGAAAAAAGUAAUCUGCUUACGACAAGUGGAAGAGCAGUCCGUGCAGGAAGCGCAGUGUCAGCCCCACAGGAGGUCCAGAUCUACCAACCACAUGGCUUCAGCUGCUGCUGCCUCCUUUGCUCCUGCCCCUUGUGACUGGCACCCAGAAGACAUUUCUUUCCCUAGUGGAUUUGCUUGGGGUGCUGCUACAGCAGCUUAUCAAGUUGAAGGAGGCUGGAAUGCAGAUGGAAAGGGCCCUAAUGUUUGGGACACAUUCACCCAUCAGGGAGGAGAUCGAGUUUUCAAGAACCAGACUGGUGAUGUAGCUUGUGGCAGCUACACUCUGUGGGAGGAAGAUUUGAAAUGUAUCAAACAGCUUGGAUUGACUCAUUAUCGCUUUUCUCUUUCCUGGUCACGUCUGUUACCUGAUGGGACGACAGGUUUCAUCAACCAGAAAGGAGUUGAUUACUAUGACAAGAUUAUUGAUGACCUGUUGGCAAAUGGCAUUGUACCCAUGGUGACAUUAUAUCACUUUGAUUUACCUCAACAUUUAGAAGAUCAAGGUGGCUGGAGCUCUGAUGCAAUCACUGAGGUCUUUGACAACUAUGCACAGUUUUGCUUCAGAACAUUUGGAGACCGAGUGAAACUGUGGGUCACUAUUAAUGAGCCUUAUGUUGUUGCUAAAGAUGGCUAUGAAAAAGGCAUUGUGGCUCCAGGAAUAAUGGACCCUGGAAUUGGAGCUUAUCCGACAGCUCAUAACAUGAUAAAGGCUCAUGCUAAAGCCUGGCACAGUUACGAUUUGUUAUUUAGAAAAAAGCAACAGGGGCUUGUGUCAAUAGCUCUGAACUCAGAUUGGGCAGAACCCCUAGAUUCAACUUGUCUGGCAGACCAAGAAGCUACUAAAAGAUAUAUGGCUUUUUGCUUAGACUGGUUUGCUGAACCCAUAUUUACUAGUGGUGACUAUCCAGCCAUCAUGAAAUCCCAGAUCUCUGUAAUGAGUACAAAGCAAGGCUACCUAUCAUCAAGGCUUCCAGAAUUUACUGAGGAAGAAAAGAAGAUGAUCAAGGGAACUGCUGACUUUUUUGCCCUAAAUUAUUAUACUACUCGCAAAGUAAAGCAUCAAGAAAAUACAUGCAGUGAACCAAGUGUUUCUGGGGACAAAGAAGCUGAACAAAUAUUGGACCAUUCCUGGCCUUUUGCUUCUGGCAGCUCAUGGCUGGCUGUAGUUCCCUGGGGUUUACGUAGACUGCUGAAGUAUAUCAAGGAUACAUAUAAUAAUCCUAUAAUUUACAUAACUGAGAAUGGGUUUUCCCAGAGUGACCCUGCUCCACUUGAUGACACUCAGCGUUGGAAGUAUUUCAGGCUGACAUUACAAGAAAUUUUAAAAGGGUUAACAAAGGGAACCAAACACCUGACCAGAGGACCAAUCAGAAAACAAGAUUUUUCAAAUGUCAAGGGAGGGAAGUUUUGGGUGGGUGUUCUUUGUCUGGGUUCGGUGGCCCUCUCGGCUAUGAGAGUGAUCUCUCUAUCUCCAGGCUUUCUAAUCUUCUGUUUCCAAGUUGUAAGUACAAGGAUAGUAAGACAAUAGGUUUAUAUUGUUUUGUUGUAUUUACAUGUGUGUAGUUGCUGGAAUGUGUUAAAUUGUAUUCUUUUUGGGUAAGGCUGUUUAUUCAUUUUUUCUUUUAAGCAAUUGACCCUGUAUAUUGUCACCUUGAUACAGAGACCAUUUUUAUGUCUUUUUCUUUCUUUUUAUAUAAAGCUUUCUUUUUAAGAUCUGUUUGAGU